AUGUGGCCGACUGAAACGGGGUUAAAUGAUGACGACCCGUGUGAGCUUCAGCGCCGACGAGAAGCUUAUGCGCGAGAAUUAGAACAACAGAUUGCAAUGCGUUGUAUGUAUCAGCAAAAGGAUCAAAUAGAACGUGAGGAACUAGAACGUAAGCUAGCACCAAGCGAGCACUCGCCAUCCAUGUGGCUAGUUGAAGGAGGUCGUUUCGACGUGGGACAUACGGCUCAGUUACCUGAGAAACGCACGUCGUGUGUAGAUGUUCAUGAAGAAAAGAUACAGGAUCGAGGUGCUGCGACAUGCGAAGUCAGUAGUGUGUCAUCAUCGUAUCCACGCUUUCGAGUAAUUGAUGAGAGCAAAACUAGCCAAAGACUGCGAGAACGUGCACAGCAAAUGCAGUGGAAGAAGAUGUUGGAUGAACAGGUGCAGGAAAAGGCGAGGCUGAAACAACAACAAGAGGCAGAGAGAAGACAAAGUGAGGAAGAAGCGGCGAGGGAGGAGGUGCGCUACCUUCGAGAACAGCAGCAACAAGCACAACGACGACUGGGCAAAGUGAAUGCUGAGGAAAUUGAGAACAGAGUGGAGGCAUUGUCGUCAAUGCCGGAACUGCCAGCAAACAAACAGCCGAACGACUUUGAAUCGACUACAAACAAUCUCCACAAGUUUGCACGUACCAGUGAUCCACGAGAGACUGACGACAAGUCGAUGUGUUAUCACAACGAUCGGCGGAACAAAUGCCCUGGUGUUGCUGAAGCACUGUUGCCUCCGCCUGCUCUUGCACAGAUUCAAUUGCCGCAAGACAAUGGACACAAUCGCUCAAAUGAUGGCGGCCACGAUACGUUUGAUUGUAGAAAAGAGAGCAUAAAACAGCUACAUUUUGAGAAGAACGAUGCACAGGCUUCGCAAGAUCAGAUGGAGCAGCAUAGUCGGAUCAUGGAGGAGUACCGCUCGCUACUAGCGGACAUUCGUCGUGAACGUGAAAAACUUCGACGAGAACGAGACGAGAUACGGCGAGAAAAGGAAGAGUUACGUAUGCAGCUAGUGCUGUUGCAGCUUGAAAACGAAAAGACGGCUAAUUUGGUGGAUGCGCAGCGGGCACUUAAUGAGCAACAUGAGUCAAACUUUCAAACGGAGCAGAUACUGCAAGCCCAGCAGCAGCUCUCGCAACAACAGCAACAAUAUCAGGCAAUGGCGUAUCAGUUUCGCCAACCGACUGUUCAGUCUGUGGAUAUUAAAAAGGAUAGCACACGUUGGGGUUAUGGGCGUCCACGGCAGCAGCAUAAUGAUGGUGAAAUGAAAACGUAUUCACGACUGAGUGAGAUUCGGCAAACCUUGGGUGAUUUAAGUAUUCGAAAUGACCAGCCUGAGUCAGCAUUUCCAGGACGACGAAAAAAAUCACCAAACCCGAUGUCCAUGGCUGACAUUCCAGCAGUAUCACCGAAUAAGCGUAUGAACGCCAACAUUGUGAGCUUGCCAGAUUACCAAAGACUGUCACCAUACCGUCCAAUCCCGACUAUUCCAUCCCAUGACGAAAGCAUGCUGGAUCAGUCCUUGGUGAACGAAAGUGUCUUUGUUCCAUUGAGUCCAACAUCGGAGCACGACACUACUAGACCGAACGUUAUGGCACGACGGACUCCUUCUUCUACUUCAGUAUCAGGAGACAUCAAUAGCCGGUGCCUCGAUCCCCUACGAAGCAGUCGUAUCAUCCAAAGUCGUGGUUUCUACGACUUUGGCCAAGAGUUCAAGACCAGUGACAAGGCUGACUCUUUGGACGCAAGUGGAUCAAUUAAUGGCACAGAUAUUGGACUAGAUUCAACAAGCAAUUACCAUGGCAAUGAUGACGAAUAG